ACAAGACACGAACAAUCUCCCUUGUAUCCCUACACUAAAAUCUCAAGCAGAACCAAACCCCACAUCACGAACUACAAUGUCUACCAUGAAGCGCAUGGAGAGCGCCGGAGACAAGUACGCCUUCCCAAAGUCUGCAGCGUCUUUCGAUCGUCACUUCGUAUCUGGCGUCAAAGAUCUUAGAAGAGUAGUCCAUGACACCCUCUACCACUUCCACACGCUACUCCUCUUCACCAACGAUACGAUAAUAGACACGGUCAUUCCCGGCACGUUCUUCGGAGUACUCACUGCUCUCUCCGGGCCGUCUCUGAACCUCCCACCGCAAGGCACGCUUGCUGUGUUACAGAGCAUUCCUCGGAUUUUUCUGUGGCUUUGGCUUAUGGCUUUGCAAUUCAACGUUCAGAAUCAACGGAGCGCGACGUCAGUCGAAGAGGAUGCCAUCAACAAACCCUGGCGUCCGCUUCCGGCAGGAAGAAUCACCACUACGCAGACCAAUCAUCUUCUACUUGCUGCGCAUCUGGUAACUGGAUGUGUCAGCUUCUAUAUGGACGUAUUACCAAUGUACAUCGCGUGGGUCAUCCUGAUCACUGCAUACAACGACUGGGGUGUCAGCGAUUACAGUGGCAUCGUGCGCAAUGUCUUUUAUGGCGCAGGCUUCACGUGCCUUUUCAGCGGUGCUCUCAGUAUUGCACUCGGCUCAGAUACCCCAGUGAGCCGCACAGCCUGGCAAUGGACUCUUCUAUUCACCUUUGGCAUUGUCGGCAUGACCUGUCAAGUUCAGGAGUUCCGCGACGAAGCGGGCGAUCGAGCUCGCGGCCGCCACACCAUUGUGAUCGCGCUGGGCAGACAGUACGCACUAUGGACUGUUGCGGCAACCGUCGCUUUUUGGUCGGUGUACGCACCGUUGAUCUUUCUGUGUGCUCGUUGGGAGGUUGUGGUUAUCUCGGUUGCUGUUGGUGCGCUUCUGGUCGGUACUGCUAUGGCUGGUUUGAAGGAUCAGAAGUUCGAUCGGCAGAUGUACAGGCUUUGGAGUGUUUGGGUGUGCUCGCUCGUUGGACUACCAUUGUUAGCCACUACCUUCCCGUGAAGAAGCUGCUAUGAUCGAAGUAGAGAGCCGAUGGAAAACCAGACGCAAUGCAGCAAUUGCGACAAGAAGUCGACGUGUCGAUGUAUAGGGGACUGAUUACAUGGGUAGAUAACACCCUGCACGAGUAAAAGUAGUCUCAUAUGAAUUGAAGAGCUUAACGAUUGACUCCCGAGGUCAGCGCAGACGCGCCGUUAGCCUGGAGUUGUCCCGUCGUGCACGCUGUCGCGGCCCAUGCUGUACCGAUAACGGAAGCGCGUCCAGGGCGUGACGCCGGCCGGCUCUGUAGAAACUGUCUGGUGGCAUCAAGUUUCCUCGCACCUUCUGCUGAGAGGCUGCAGCUAG